CAAAACGGCCGUGUUAGCGAAUACAAACCACACACAUACAUGCUAGACUAUUACCAAAGCCGCCGGUACAGUACAAUACCUUAGCUAACUCUUGUCUAGAUCUUCCGAUUCCGCACCAUUAGCUUGCUUCAUUCAUUUUAGAAGGCGACCUAUUACUAAUAGAAAAAGGGAUGAGAUAAUGAUGCAUCCUCGACAGAGAAACACACAGUAUACCCAAGAACGGCAUCGGCGGUCGAUAUCCACGUCAUUGUUGUUGGUAAUAUCCCUACUGUUACUAGAUAUCAGAUCCCAUGGCGUGUCUGCAGCAGCAUCACUCCACAAGUCCAGCCGGAAGCAGUCUGAGACACAAUCAUCACCACGGAUUGUGCGAGGAGGAUCCUUGGUACAAUCCCAAAACAGACGACAACUACAACAACGACCUCGAGGUACUAGUGCCAAUGGUCGCCGAAAAUUGCAAGACAUGUCCACUGCCUUGUCGAAUGGGUACGGUGGUGCUGGUGGUAUUACCAUGGACCAGGUCAUUCCCUCCAUGCGACCCCAAGCGACACCCAUAACACCAGAGGAUACCCCUCCUGGAUUUACUCCCAUGCCCGUCCCACUACCACCAGUAGUACCACCCACUGUGGCAGUACCACCACCCACUCCGGAUAAUCGCGUCAUUACCUUCCUGGCGGGCAAUCUCAAUGUCAUGGAGGGAGAUUUGGUCCUCAGUCAGGGAUUGACCAGUCGCAUUAUUGCCAUUUCGGGACAACCCAUCCAAUACACGGCUACUGGCGGACUGGCAUUUUCGGCCAUUGAUUUUCAUUCCUGGCCCGAUGGUGCCGCCUGUUUUCCAGACAAUCGACCCAACAAUCCCGAUGGAUGGAUCUACGUGAGCAAUCAAGAAGAUGAACCCGGGGGUGUGGGGGCCAUUACAUUUGAUGCAAAUGGUAAUAUUGUGGAUUAUCGCAUGUUGCUCACGGGAACUACCUACAACUGUAAUGGUGGCAAGACACCGUGGGGUUCGUGGAUUUCCGCCGAAGAAGAUUUUGACAAUUACCAGGGCCGCCCCUGGCAAGUGGAUCCCUACGGUGUUCGAGCGCCCGUCCCCAUCAACAUGGGUCUAGCCGGUGGUUCCUACGAAGCCUUUGCCUACGAUGCGCGCAAUCUCCUAGUGCCACGCUUUUAUCUGACCGAAGACGAUGUGUUUGGAGCAUUGGAACGAUUCACGCCCUUGGCGGCCGAUUGGAACAAUCCCUGGGACAUUCUGCUGGGGCCCGGUGUCAAUGAAUGGUUGUUGCUGAUACCCACACCCGGAGAUCCCUCUACGGGAACGUAUACGUGGACCACUGAUUUGCCCACGGCACGCAGCAAUGCCGGAUUGAAUUAUCCCGAGAGUGAAGGCAUUGAUGUGUCCAACGGCACGCUCUUUUUUGUUUGCAAGGGCAUCCGAAUGCUCUUUACAUUGGAUCUCGAUGGCAACACAUAUACCCGACAAUCCACAGACUCUGGACUGUUUGAAGGAGAGCCCGACAUUAUCCGGACCAUUCUCAGCGACGAACCCGAUGGGGAAGCCAUGCUAUACUUUACCGAAGACAAUGGACGAAGGGCUGGAAUUCAUGCCCGAAACAGUGCCGGGGAACUAUUUACCAUUGUCGAGGGAUUCUAUUCGCCCGAAACAACGGGGCUGGCACUGUCGCCCAAUGGCAAGUUUUUGUACUUUUGUUUCCAAGAAGAUGGAUACUGUUUUGCCAUUAGUCGAACGGAUGGGUUGUCGUUUCGAGCCAAGACACUCAAUGUCAAGACACAUGGAACAGAAGUUUCCACAUCCAGAUCAUCCUCGGGACAGCACAAGAAGAAGAAAAAGAGGCAUUGAAUUUAGUUGCGUUUGCAACCUGACAAACAGGUAUCUAUCUUCCCAGGAACCACGAAUUCCCCUCACCCAGAGCUGGAAUCAUGUACGACCCAGGUGUUGGUCCGCAAGAAAUACACAUCUUGUCCGU